GUUGCUAACCAGAAUGCCCUCUGAGGACCGACACAUAUCCUCGAGCUGUGGUUCUUACGUCAAAACUGAACCUUCCAGUCCUUCCUCCUCGCUAGUAGACACCGGCAGCCACCACAGUCCCAGCGGCAACUCUGACGCCAGCGGCGGCUACGUUCACGGCAGCAGCAGACACUCGCACGCCCUGGACUCCCCGCCAAUGUUCAACCCAGCCAUGCUCGGAGGUGGCGCAGCCUGCCUACGCCGCUACGAGGAGUGCUCCGGGGGUGUGGUGGACGACUCGCCAAUCAAGUGCGAGUACAUGCUUAAUGCCAUUCCCAAGAGGGUGUGCCUGGUGUGUGGCGACAUUGCCUCAGGGUACCACUACGGGGUGGCCUCCUGUGAGGCCUGCAAAGCCUUUUUCAAAAGGACGAUACAAGGGAACAUUGAGUACAGCUGUCCAGCCACCAAUGAAUGUGAGAUCACCAAAAGGAGACGCAAGUCGUGCCAGGCCUGCCGCUUCAUGAAAUGUCUUAAAGUUGGCAUGUUGAAAGAAGGUGUGCGUCUGGACCGGGUGAGAGGGGGGAGACAGAAGUACAAACGGAGGUUGGACGCAGAGAACAGCGCCUAUCUCGGCCUCACCAUCCCCCCUCCAGCCAAAAAGCCAUUGACGAAGAUCGUUUCCCAUCUGUUGGUGGUGGAGCCAGAGAAGAUCUAUGCCAUGCCUGACCCCACCAUGCCCGAUGGAGACAUCAAGGCCCUGACCACACUGUGUGACUUGGCCGACCGCGAACUGGUUGUCAUCAUCGGCUGGGCAAAACAUAUCCCAGGUUUUUCCACUCUCUCGCUGGCAGACCAGAUGAGUCUUCUGCAGAGUGCCUGGAUGGAGAUCCUGGUCCUGAGCAUCGUGUUUCGCUCGCUGCCCUGUGAGGACGAGAUUGUGUACGCAGAGGACUAUGUGGUGGACGAGGAGCAGGCGAGGAUCUCAAACCUGCUGGACCUGCACGUCGCCAUCCUGCCGCUGGUCCGACGCUACAAGAAGCUGCGCAUGGAGAAGGAGGAGUUUGUUGCGCUCAAAGCCAUCGCCCUGGCCAACUCAGACUCCAUGCAUAUAGAGAACAUUGAGGCGGUCCAAAGGCUCCAGGAUUCUCUCCACGAGGCUCUGCAGGACUUUGAGGGCUCCCAGCAUCCAGAGGACCCUCGACGGGCAGGCAAGCUGUUAAUGACGCUGCCUCUGCUCCGUCAGACCGCCACCAAGGCGGUUCAGCACUUCUACAGCAUCAAAAUGCAGGGCAAAGUCCCCAUGCACAAACUAUUCCUCGAGAUGUUGGAGGCCAAGGCUUGACACCCAGGCCUGACGUUUGACAGACAGCUGCAUCACCCGAUGGGAGGCGAGGGACAGCCCAUAAAAAAUGAAGGUGGUGUGCCAAUUCACAGUGAAAGGAUGAAGCUUGGACUACUGAGUCAUUUUAACACUUUUAAAUGGUAACAAACAUGAAAGAAAAAGGGACUUGAGAUAGUUUUAAAAACGGUGAAUAUCAACCUGAUUGACAUGGGAUCAUGAUGAUGUAUAUUAAGAUGUUGUGUACAGAAAUCAGGCAACCGAGGUCUUGUUAUAACCAGAGACCCAUUGCUCUAUAUCACCUGAAGCUUCUGUGAAUUUGUUUCUUAUCUUAUUUUCAUCUCAAAAUGGAACUGUGUUAAUAUAAAUGUCCUAAAGAACUGUACGGCUACGUAGCCACGUUACGUGUUUUUGUUUCUUCCUUUCACAUUUUCUAAUCUGAGUUGUUAAAGCAAUAGUCUCUAACUGGUCUACAUAUAAUAUGUGUACUGUAUAUUGUGUGAAAUUGCACUCGGCGGUUAGGGGGGGAGAAUUGUUAAGACAUAUUCUUAUAUUCAUCAUCAAAGAAAGCGGUACCCGCCAUGGGUAUGUAAGAUCCUCGAUUUCCUCGUAAUAUAUUUACCUCGUACUAGUAGCUUCAAUGACUCAACCGUUUUAGUCAACUUGGUGCUUACAGAAGGACAAUGGUUGGCUAGUGAUUAUAGUUCACAAAGAGUUUGCACUAAGCAUCUAUGAAUAAUAUGGCGAUAAUGGUUAUUGUUCUAUGGAGCUCUUUCUGGUAACGUCUGAGUCUCAGUCAGUGGUUUUUGCUUAUAGUGACUAAAUCCCCUCCUCACUUCUCUCUGUGAUCAAUGUCAUACACACAUAUUGGCAACUAAGCAUACUGUGAAAAAUACAGGUGAUAAGCUAUAUUCUGUACUAGGGAUUUUUAAACUAAACUCUAUUGGCUUGUUAAAAAAAGAUGAAAGUUAUUUUUAUUGAAAUGCAGGUAAUUGACACAACAACAGCAACAUCUAUGCAAUUUAAUGCAAUCUAAUCUGCUCCUUAAUGCAACCUGAUAGCCCUGCAAUAAAUACUACCUUUGUGAUGUUUAUAAUGUUCAGUUUGUGUCCGAUAGGUGCUGAGUCAACACUCUGGUAAGUUUUGAGUCUAUAGUUUGUAAUGGUGCUGUAUUAGAUUGCAAUAUAUUGUAUAGGCUUUGCUUUUUCUUGAAUGCACCCUGCCCCCCUUUGUUUAGGUUGUAUUCUCAAACAACAAGUGUCACUAUAUUGAUAGCCUUAGUUAUACAGCUAAACACGUUAGUCCUUUCUUUGUUUUCGGUCAAAGUCGUAUGUGAUACCAAAGUCUGUAUGCUAGCCUCACGCAUCUAUACAUUAAACAGUUUUUAUGAGCCUGUAUUUUGUUCUCAGUGUACUACAGAUUAAAUGUUGGGAUUCUGAGAAGGUGAAUCUUUGGAAAUUUUGACUCUUCUGUUGUUGGGCAUUAAAUUUAAGAUAUUUUACAUUCUGAUUUCCAACUAAUUCACAAGUGAGCCUCAUCAAAGGCCUCUUAUCUUCAUGAAUGGCAAUAUUGGGCACAAUUUCCCCCCUUUUAUGACAAUUUGAAAAAGAUUUUCCAAACUAUAUCAGCAACACUAAAACUCACCCAUAAAUAAACAGUCAAUAGCCAUAACUGCCAUAGCUGAACCUUGAUUUCCCUUUAUUCUUAUGAAGUGUCAUUUUUAAGGUGGCACGUUCAAAUAAAAAUAAUGCACAUUUUCUUCUCCGUAAUACCUAUCAGUUGUUUCCUUGAUAGUUUAAAUUUAAGACGGCUGUCUUUUAAAAUAGUUUGGAUGCGCCAGUAUAACAGAUUACUAGAGGUCAAAAUUUUGUGUGCAACAAUAUAAUGACACUUGUGUUUCUGAGAAGAACUUGAAUUACCCUCUUAAUUGAAACAAUAAUGACAGAAUAUAUCAGACCUCAGAUUACGUCUCACUGAUGUUCUGUAUCUUUGGCAGUUUCUUUGCUCAUGUUUAUUGAAGGUGCUACUGAUUCAGAUUGGCACUGUAUGUACAUUUCUGACACUCUGACACGCUGAGAUGCACAAACUAAGUUAACAAAUCUGUAUAUUCCAGAAGUGAUAAUAGACUUUUAUAGGGUAAUACCUAUCAGUUGUAAACCAGUUGCCAAAUUAUUUUAAAAAAGCACUACAAAUAUCGUGACACAGUUAUAACAUGUUAUCAGAAGAUCAAAUAAUACAAUAAUAGAUUAAUCAGCUGCUCUUAGAAUUUUAGUGAGACAGAUAUUGUCCCUUAUGAACACUUUAAAUCAGUAGUGACUUCAAAGUGUCAAGUGCCAUUAGCUUCUGCCCAAACAAGAAGAAAACAUAAAGCCAAGCGACCAGUAACCACAGACGUAGGCCACUUGAAAAGAUCCCCACAGGAACACACGCUAUUGAUUCACUCUAAUGUAAUGCAUAGAUAAUUAUAACCCAAUGCAGUAGAGAAUACAAUUCCCAUGAUGCAUUUCCCUAAAUGUGUAACCAGUUAAUUCAUCCCCGAUUGAAGCGAGGGAUGUAUUGCCUCUGUACAGUAGAGAACCAAAGCGUAGAGUCUUCAAAUACUUUAAAAUGAAACACAAGUAUCAAUGAUGAAACUGCAUUUUGAGCCGGCCAGUGAAACAUGGAUGUUAUUUACAACAAAUUAUUAAUGGUGAUAUCUUCAUUCUGCUAAUUCUGCUUUUCAUUUUGGGGAGUCUCUAAACCUUACAAAGGCUGUAAUAGCUGCUCAACGAGAUGAAAAUCUUUAUCUUUUUUCUUCAGCCAGUACAUGCAUUGAUUAAAUAUCUCUUUGUUUAUGUGAGACACUGUGUGGGGUGUCACCCUGUAGCCUAACUAAGAGAUGAAACUACCAUAAAAAAAAAAUAUAUAUAUAUAUAUUUCACAUUAUGAUGGUUAAAAGAGAGCGUUUAAAUGAGCUGAUGUUGUUUGUGAACACGUUCUGGCCAGAAACUUGACCAAACCAGGCAAACUUACCUCUCUCCCUCUGACCAGAGUAGCUCCUCUGUGCACUUUGAAGACUGGUAGCAGAUAAUUGUUACCCAACUUUCCCUUCUUCUCAAAUUAAUGUAAGAAAAUAAAAUAAAAAUGCUUAAUUUAUUUUCAGAGUUCUAAAAACGGUUCUACUGCAUCCAAUUAAUUCUAAUUGUCUCCUAAGCUGAAAUUCUCAAUAGAAAUGGAGCAAUUAAAUUUCUGCUUUGGCUUUACCUUGGGGACAAGAGACAUUUUAUUUCGGUUGACGGUGGGGAGGGUUUGUCUAAACUUUAACAUAGGCGAUUUCAUGGGUGUCUGUAAUAGUUUCAUAACAGACCGAUCACUGGGCUAUGCAAGGCAAAUAUGGCCACCUAUGUUCCUUGUGUUGUGGAGCAUCAGAUUGACAUUUAGUUGUGCUUUGUUUACAACGUGGACCUGCUGUACACUGCAAAUGUAUUGUGCACAUUUCACCGUACAUACUGUAACUUCUGUGCAUUGAUGUAACUAUGAGGAAGUUGCCCGUUGAAUGAAUUUCUCAUGAUGUAUUAGCAACUUCAACACAAAUUCAGAGCCCACCUGAAUAGCUGUGUAAUAUAAAUCACUGUACUGAGUCAAGUGAGAAUAAUAAGUGAGUUAUAUUUGGUCUAAGGUGGGAUAUUCUCUCAUUUGCCUUUUCCUUUCUGUGUCAUUGUGUAUCUCACUGCUGAAACACACACUCUGUGUUAUCAUCGAUUUUGGUUAUCAGCACAGCAGGAUGUAUACCAAGUGAAGUAGUCUAGACCCUAUACCUCUGUUCAUAUUUUGAAAAUUACACUGAGUUUGGAAGCGGGCCAUGGGUUCCUCCUGGGAAUCAGUGGCACAGAAAUAAAGUGACAUCACUCACUGGGUAUUAAAAAAAUGUAGAUGAACCUACUGCAAUUGGGGAGCACAUUUCUCGGAGGAGAAAGCUGCUUAUUCGCUGCUCCAUUUGCGGACUUAUCUCCAUGCACUCUGAGAUGAAGAGAUUUACAUAAAGCAUGGAGAAACCUCCCUAGCCACGAUGUAUAAAGGACCCUGCUAGGUGUAUGUAGCAUAGACAUGUGAUUACCCAAGAGGUUUACUCCCCUCAAAAGCAAAAUUUUAGCAAUUGUGAUAUUGAAAGGGAGCUUUGGUUGAUUUUAAUUCUAAACGUAGCCCGUGCUCGGAAAAGGACAGGGUAACUAUGCACACAAGUUCACGGUCCUGGUGAGAAAAGGAGGAAAAACGUGAGAAAGCCAACCACAGCUGGGUUUCACUGGACAGUAUUGUGUGGCAUUUUCUUGUGUUUUAUUUGUUGUGUUCAUGCCUAAUGUACCCAUGUGUAAAUAUAUGCUUUUUUUUUGGAGUGAGUCAGAUCUAACAGUGCACUGAAUGUACAGUGACAAUAAAAUCACAUGAUUUAUGUAA